AUGACGACGAACCCCGACGGGUCUGAGGAUGUCAAUGACUUCCUCUCGCGCAUCCGCGAACUAGGUGAAAGGCACGAUAAGGAAAAUGAAGAGCGGACUAAGAAAUUAGAGGAGGAGAUCCUCCAGGGGCGCAAGGAACGACAAGCCCGCCGAGCUGCGCCUCUUCUCUCGGUCAACCCUCGAUCGAACCCCCCCGAGCACUUGGAGCCGACGGUGCAGACCCAGGACCCGGACACCGCCACAGCGGACACGGCUAGAGUGGGCCACGAGCGAGAUGCCCCCGAGACCAGCUCGCGACGAGGGUCUGUUCAGGAGGUAGGACUCGAGUCUCCGACCAGGGCAAUGCCCACCCUGUCGCGCAGCCGAACGGGAACCUUGUCAUGGCAACAACGACCUUCGUCGCGAGACCUUGGGAAUAAAUCUCCCGGCUCGACAUCCCCUACUCGAUCCAGCCAUCUGAGAAACACCUCUAUAGCAUCCGAUCAAGACCGAUUAUCUCGUGCGCAGAUUGCCCAAACCCUGUCCUCGAAGGACCCUUCAUGGUCUCGACAGACCCCAGAUCGAGGUGUCGGCUCACCGGCUCUUCGAAAAACUGAACACGAUUCUGAAAGUGUGGCCGACUCAGGCGAGAGACGUCAAAUGCCAGGCCCGAGUCGGGAUUCCACGGUUGAACCAGACCAAGUUGAGGAAGUCGAGGACGCAACUCCCUCACCUCCGAGAACCGCUUCUACAAUUGGCGAGAGCAGCUUUCAUAACCGAUACUCGAGUGUCUCUUCAGUAUCGCCAGCGACUGGUUUGGGGUCUCCGGUUACACUAUCAGAGGCACCAAAACUUGAUCCUACCCAGACCGAGGCAUCAACCGAAGAGCCAGUGCCUGCAUCCCCCACCCAGCGGCGAAUGUCACCAGAGCGAUCUCGAUCGACCUCGCCGACAAAAGGUCUCGGCGGUUUCGUUCAGAGUGCAAUGAUGAGGAGAUCGGACAGCGUAUCGAAGCGAUGGAGUACACAACUUCCACAGGGGCUGAGCCGAAGCAAUUCUAUUGUCUCAAAUCGCAAUAGUGUUGCGGCUCCAAGUUUGACAGCUAAUAUUAGUGAUAUGACCCCAACAACCAACGCACGAGUGAGUCGUGAAUCAUCGCCUGUGCUUAGCCAACGUCCCAGCUCGAGUCACAGCGAGGCGACCGUGAUGCGCCCAAAGGAGUCUACCGAGAGGCCUACAACCCCCUCAAACCCGGGGCCUAAUGACAGUGGCCGCCUAGAUGCUAGCCCGAGUCGACCAGCUCUCUACGGCCAUUCUCGGUCCGCAAGCUCUGUGACCAUCGAUAGCCAGAACACUGAAGGCCCCUCAAGCCCCUUUACCUCGAGGACAAUGGAUCCCAAACGAUGGAGCCCCCAAAAGGCCUCAUGGUUGGAAAGUGCACUGAACCGACCCCCCAAAUCCCCCAAGCACCAACGACAGCCAUCGCAGCCCGCCUGGCAGAGGGACAGACAAUCAAGGGGCAGUGUCGAUUUGAGUCGUUUCAAGGAAGUGACCCCUAUUGGCUUGAUGCGGACACCUCCUCCUGGAGGUCAUUUCAAAAAGCCCAGCAUUUCUGGAGCCCCAUCAGCUCUCGGUAGUCCCACUGCACCCAGAUUGAAGGAGGCAAUUCCCAAAUCACCCACAAGUGACGCAGAGGAGGAUCUGUCACCGACUAAACCAGAGCUAGUGGCUGAAGGGAAAACCCCAUUUUCUGAGCUCACGCCUGAGCCUGAGAGGGAAGAGCCAGUGAUCAAGCCCAUAGCUGUACCUGAGCCUGAAAGCCAACCCGAGCCCGAGCCCGAAUCUGAAACACAACCCGAACCUGAAUCGGCCUUUGUACUUGAAGCUGCUCCCGAACUAGCGCCCGAACCGGCAGCUGAACCUGCCCCGGCUCCAGAACCUACACUCGAACCGCAACCAACUCGCAAGGCAGCGCCCCUCACUUUGAAUCCUAAGCCCAACUUUUCACUCCCUUCGCGAGAUCCAAUGUCACCUCGAUUUGCCAAGCCACCGCAAUCGCCAGUUGUCGAUUUUCGAGCAAACUUACGCAAACGAGAAGUCGCCAAAGACACCGGGCCACUGAAGGAACCGGAGUUCAAGAACGUAUUUGGCAAGCUUAAGAAGACCGAAACCCGCAACUAUGUUGCUCCGGAUGAGCUCAAGGGCAACAUUAUGCGAGGCAAGGCCGCUCUCAACGUGACCGGUGGACCCAAGAGAACCGAACGGGUUGAUGAGUUCAAAGACAGUCUUGUGAAGACAAAGGAAGCGAUGAAGGCAGGGGGAGGAUCGAUCAGACGAAACACUGUGGGAAAAGAUGACGAACCCGAGAAACCCGCUGCAUAUGUGCCAGAAGCCAUUGCAAAGCGCCAUCUGAUGAACAGGACAAAUACCACCAGACCAACCAGUCCUGAAAAGAGCUUCGCCGCGUCUCGUGAACGAACGGGUUCUUCAGCGACCUCUCCGGGAUCCCUGCCGCCUGUAUCCCCAUCUUCCACUGCAGAAGAGGUCAACGCGAUUCAAACUUAUUCGCCAAUCAAACGAGAUUCCGUGACAAUUGACAAUGGGCCGCAUGCUAUCUCAACGCCAGUAGCUCAAGAUUAUUUGACCAAGGAGCCUGGGUCUGUUGUGGAGGCAGACAAUAAGCCCUCUACAGAGGUAACCAGUCCGGUUCGUGGCCUGCCAUCACUUGAAAACACAGAGGCUGCACCAGUUAGCCUGACUCCCAGUUUGGCUACUAAAGGGAAACUCGCAGGCCGCAUCAACCCUGCACUAGCAGGUCUCCUAUCCCGGGGUCCUCCAGUCGCGACUGAGGGGCCGAAGAAGGAGUCGGUAUCUGUUUUAAAUUCUGGUGAAAGUUCGCCCUCACCGACCACGCCUCUCGCCCAUAUUACGAAGAGUCGUGCUAGAGGGCCUAAAAGACGGCUACCCAAGGGGACCGUUGCUCCGCCUGAAUCUAUCACUCAGGACACUAAGGAGGUUGGUGCAAUUUCGUCUCCCGAAGUCACAAGCCCAGAGACCGCUCCUGAGCCUGUAGUCUCAGAAGCCAAGUCGAAGAGCCUGUCAGAAAACACCUUCGUUCUCAAUACUGAAAACGCCCAAACAGAGAGCCCCCCUCGACAAGCCCCUACCAGCCAUAGCCUCCAGCUUCCAGAAUGCUCUCAACAGCGGACUGCAACAGAGACUGAAGAACACUCCCCCGUCUCCCGUUUCCACGAGAGGGCCCGACAUCUUUGCACCCAGUGCAAAAGAGAAUGCGACUCUCACUCAAAAUAUGGAAUCGCCUGGAGCUGUAAGCCCGCUGAGUCGGCCUCCCGUCCCGCCAAAGCAUAUCGCAUCACCCUCUCCCUCUUCAUCGCCAUCGCCAUCGCCAUCAACACCUGCACCCAGGCCACAGUGGACCCAACAAGCGCGCUAUGCUUCCACAUCCCCAUCCCCUCUUAG